AUGCUGUUGGCCUACAGAAUUACGUUACGUGGUCUUGCCACGUCGGCCAGACUCGCCAAGCCAGCGGUGGCCCACCCCACGCCUGAGUACUUGACCACCGGAGGGUCGACUCAGUCGGUGUGGCCUAAGGGAUUCAGAGCACCCAGACCAAAGACUUGGGAAGAACUGAGCGAGAGUGCUCUCUCGAAAGCCACGAAAUUCUUCUUUUUGAACGAAAUCGCUAGAGGCAUGUACAUUUGUUUGGAGAUGUUCUUCAGGUCUCCCUACACCAUAUACUACCCUUACGAGAAGGGUCCCAUUUCUCCUCGUUUCAGAGGUGAACACGCUUUGAGAAGAUAUCCGCUGGGAGAGGAAAGAUGCAUUGCCUGUAAAUUGUGUGAGGCCAUCUGCCCUGCCCAGGCCAUCACCAUCGAGGCCGAGGAGAGAAUCGACGGGUCGAGAAGAACAUACAAGUACGAUAUCGACAUGACCAAGUGCAUCUACUGUGGCUACUGCCAGGAGUCGUGCCCUGUGGACGCCAUUGUCGAGAGUCCCAACGUGGAGUACUCGACUGCCACCAGGGAGGAGUUGUUGUACAACAAGGAGAAAUUGUUGGCAAACGGCGACAAGUGGGAGCAGGAGUUGCAAUACUGUAUUGACGCCGACGCUCCAUACCGCUAA